CUCCAAAAGUGUGCACUCCAAAUGUCGCGAAACUUGUGCGGCGGAUCGAACGCCAGACCAUGACAGCUAUGGCACUUGCGAAACCAAACGGUUUUGUAUCCGCACUCGGGUCGUCGGUGACGUCACUUUGAUCUCAUCUCCCUCCCACCUCAACAGUGACGUCGAGGACGUUCUUCUCCCCGACACCACCGACUCUCCUCCGUCCUCCGCGUCAUCUUAUAACUCGGCCUCAUUCACUUGCUCUUCUUCACAUCUCUCUCCAUCUCCAUCUCCAACAAUGUCCGACUUCAAAUCCGCAGACAUCCCUGCAGCAGUCGUGCCCCCCGCUUACGAGCCCCACGCCCACGACGCCCAACAGCAGCCCCUCCAGCAGGCGCCCCAGGCCACGGGCGUGCGGCAGCGCCACACCGACGCGUCCGCUGGCGCCGGGACAGGAGCCGUUUCUGGCUCUGGGAAGAAGGGGAUCGCGGGGCGCGCGACGGGCGCUGUUGCCGAGAGUGCCGAGCGCCAGGUACGCGGCGUCGCGGCCGUCGCGAGCGACGCCGUGUCCAGCGGCGCGUGGGCGUACCCCAUCCGCGGCGCCCUAUACAUCUUUUCUCACCCUAGCCUCCUCGGUCCCGUCCUCCCGCUCCUUCUCCGUGCCCUCCUCAUCUCAGCCGGUGUUGUCGCCGGAUGCUUCUUCCUCCUCUACCUCCCGCAGGUCGCAUGGCUCGCCCUCUUCACUGGACCACUCGCGUUCCUCGCCGCCGUCCCGCUCGUCCUCGGCGAAGCCUACGUCAUCCUCAUGUUCCUCGGCAAGAGCUUCCUGCUCGGCCAGCUGAACCUGGACCUCUUCGACGCCGUCAUGGUCCAGAAAGGCUACAGUUCCCUAGUGGAAAAGCAGCGCGCGGUAACAACCAAGAGCUCGGGCGCCCGACAGCUCGGCAAGGUGCUCUCGCGCCCCCUGUCCAAGCUCAGCACGGACAACGUCGUGCGCUACCUCCUCACGCUGCCGCUCAACCUCAUCCCGGUGGUCGGCACGGCCUUCUUCCUCGGCUACAACGGGUACAAGUCCGGGCCCUCGGCACACGCCCGCUACUUCCAGCUCAAGGGGUGGGACAAGAGCCGGCGCGCAAGCUUUGUCGACCGCCGCCGCGGCGCGUACACGGCCUUUGGCGUCGUCUCGCUCCUCCUCAACAUGGUGCCGGUUGUCGGCAUCGUUCUCGGCCUCGCGAGCACCGUCGGCGCGGCGCUGUGGGCGUCCGACCUCGAGGGCAAGGCGCCGACGCAGGACAACGAGAUCCAGGUCAGCAUCCCGUCGCACUAGUCUUUCAAACCAGCCCGCUGUAGCUCGUGAUCUAUAGAUGACACAACGAUGAACUGUUUCGACGAUCG